UCAAUUCUGCAAGUAGUUCUGAUUUACUAUCGCUGUUCUCUAGCUGGUCUAAAACCGAUUUUGACCUAAAGGGACACUUUUUGGACGCCAUGGACAUUUCUCAGUUUCCAGACAGAAAGAACAGUAAAAAUGCAGGCAGGGCACAGGACAAAGCACUCGGGACAAAAUGUAUGUGAAAUGGUUUGAUACAGUAAUGUUUUACUAUGUGAUUUUAGUGAAACUUUCAAAUUUCCCGCCAGUUCCGUCCCCGUACGUCCUGACGUCGCAGGGAAACGGAACCCGUAAGACAGAUGCUGGCAUCAGCCGGACAUUGCCAGGGACACUGCAGGUGGGACAU